AUUUCCAAGAUGCCGUCAGGGGUGGUCAUCCUCGCGGAAGGCUCCCACUAACCGACUGUGUUCAGCGCAUUCCCUAAGCUUGGACGAUCCGUAACCCCACUGACACUGUAAGUUGUAUGGUGAUGACGAGAUCCGGGAAGAGAAGAAGAAAGACCGACAGCGGGGAGAAUCACCAGAAUACAGUUAAGAACCCGAACGAGUCAACGCAAGACAUGACGGAGGCAGAUAUGGCGGACUCUUCACUGAUUACGGUUAUAAAGUCGACUAUUGAUAGUGCGCUGCUACCUAUCAAGGCUGAGCUUCAACAGGUGGCAAAGUCGAGUGAAUUGAAGGACUUACGAGAGGACAUCGACAGAAUCCUGAACCGCCAAGACGAACUAGAGGGCCGGAUUCGUCGCGUGGAAGGGAAACUUGACGACAUAGAGAAGACCCCCCUCCCACCAACACCGGCCGUGAGUAAUGCAAUUAACUCUUUGGAACAGUACACACGGAGAAACAGCUUGCGAAUCCGCGGGAUUCCUGAGGUGGAAGGGGAAAGAAGUGAGUUUUGCAUCCAGAAGGUCGUCAACUUCUGUCGCAUUAAGCUGGGAAUCGACAUUCCUCAACAUAGCAUUGAUCGCGCACAUCGUGUUGGCGUAAGAAGCGGGAAUACUUCACGUACCAUGCUCGUCAAGUUUAUCUCUUGGCAAGAUCGCAACAAAGUAUUCCGAGCCAGGACGAAGUUGAAGGGGAAGCGGGACGACGAGGGUAAACCGUUGCUGGUUACGGCGGAUCUGACACGAGAGAACAUGAGGACAUUUUCAGCGGCACUUUCAGCUAAGAAGAGGAAUUUGAUUAAGGAUGUCUGGAUCGAUGCCAAUUGCAGAAUUAUGAUCACUGCGUUGGACAAGUCUACAAAGAACAUUGAGUGUAUUGACGAUUUACCAUCGGGUUCAGAGGACAACUAGACAAAUGACUCUGAUGUAAAACGAAUAUGUAUUUAACUAUUUUCGAUUCCGUUUCCCUUGUUGUUGUUUUUUUUUCGGCGGCUUCCAGCUCCAGCUGUGAUGACAUCUGCUGUUGUUGUUCUUGUUUCAUCUGUCCAAAAUUCCAACUGCUGUUAUGCUAAUUUUGCAUCUGAUCAGUGAUACAGACAGGGGCCAAGUACCCAUGAUAAUUUCCUGCUGUUAUCGUGAGGAUAACAACGCUUUAUUGACUUCUGAGAAAUAAAGAAACCGUUCUAAAUACACGGAUCAGAUUAUUGUUCUUGAUGUAUAUAUUCAGUAAGACUAGCUUAGGGUUGCGCAGCUCGGUAUUGAAAUGGGCCAAACUAGCAAUGCUUCUGUGUCCAUUUUUCUACUUUUAUGUGCUGUGAAGACUUGGAUAUUGUUUUUGUUGUCUUAUUCUUUUCGUUAUAAAGCCCUCCCUAUUAUAAUUGUAAGUACAGCCACAUUGGAAUGUGGCCAUUACACAACUACCAGCCGUGGUUUAAAUUUUGAGUUUGGCCAAUUUCGUAGCUGUUUAUGGAAUGAAAUUUUGAUUUGGGAUUAUGCUAAUUUCAACUAUUGUAUUUUGGUGACUAUUAUUAUCCUUUGUUGUAUUGCUGCACUCAUAUUUUUUGGAUUUUUUUUAUAAUUUGGUUGAUAUGAUUUGGUAUCUGAUUUCUGUUAUAUUAGUAUUCAUAUCUUUAGUCAAAAGUUCGAGAGUUCAGAUAUCUUGUUUAAUCAAUACGUACAUGAUUUAUUAUUGUAUUUUGAUGAUUAAGAAUAUCCCAUGUUGCAUUGAUGCACUCAUAGUUUUUGUUUUGUUCAAUUUGGUUUAUAUGAUUUGGUAUCUGAUUUCUGUUUUGUCAGCAUUCAAAUUUAUAGCUAUAAGUUCAGGACUUCAGAUACUUUGUUCAACCUACACGUACGUUGUACGUAAUAUUUGUUUCAGAACAUUUUACUCAAGUUUUCUUUUGCUGAUACCACUUAUGAUUUGCAGUGACAGUUAUUUUGAUUGUUUGGAUAAUUUUGAUGUUCGCUUAGUCUUCCCCAAGUUUAUUUUCUUUGUAGAUCGGAUCUUCCCACACCAUACUCAAUCCGGAGCCCCGAUGACCUCUCCUGGCUUCCCUCCCCGAGACGUUUUUUCCCAGAAGUUAUGUCAAAGGUAGAGU